UAUGUACACAAUAAAAUAAUAACGAAUUUUUUAAUUGAUAGUGUAAGUGAUUACUUAAUUGUUGUUUGGAAUUCAUUGUUACAGUGUGUUUAAAAAUUGAUGGUGGCUUUUCAUAAUGCUAAGAAAGAUGACGUCACGAAUACCAGUAUAUGUAAUAUUAGUAGCAUGUAAUUUAAUACCUUUCGCAUCACAAAAUAUAAUAAAUAAUAAUAUCGACGAAGAACCAACAAUCGAUAAUAUUGCACAAGAUUUCCUUAAAAAUAGUGAAAACAAUGAUCUUUUACAAAAUAUACUACAAUCAGAGAGUGGCAAACAAUUAGGUGGCAUGGUUAUGGAGAACCUUUUAAAGAGUGGUGGUGGUUCAGAUUUACUAUCUGGUUUGGGUAGCAUGUUAACAGACGACAAAGGUGCAUUAGAUUCAAAAAUGUUGGGUAGCAUGUUAAAAAUGUUUACCGAGAAUGCAUCAGAUGACUUAAAUGCUGGUCGACCAACACGUAAAACAUCAUCGAACGAGCCAUCUUUAAAUGGUUUAAUCAAAGAUUUUACGGGAGACUUUUUAUCAAAUGGAAAUGCUAUGUCCUUAUUAUCCUACUUACCAAUGUUGAUGCAAACAGUUACGUCAUACACAGAGGAAGAUAUUCAUAAUCAUGAAAGUGAACAUGCGUCCCAUUCGUGGCUAGUACCACCAGUGUUGGAAAAGGUCCACAUUUUUUGGGAUCACUUUACACAAUCUGAAUUAGGUAAAUCAUUGUAUUCACAAUUUGGAAUUGGAAAAAUUUUAAAGAAUUUUGCCGAUAAAGACGGUAACUUCAAUUUUGAUCGAUUUGUUGAAUUAAUGGACAAUCAAUCAUUCCGACGGUAUUGGAUUAAGAAAGCAACAAGUUCUUUGGCUGAUAUUAUUAGCUAUUUUGCUGAUCCAAUGAUUCAAAAAAAGUAUUUUACGAAUGUUAUGUUCUUAACCAAUGGAUUCUUAAAAGCACGUGGUUAUCCAAAACAAGUAUUGUUUGACACAAAUCGCCCAACAGAAUCAAUAUCAGCAUUUUUAAGUUACUUCACAAAGAAAUAUUUCUCAUAUAAAAUGGAUUUCACGGAAUAUGUGCGGCCAAUUGUCAAUUAUGUUGAGGCUUUAAUACAAAUGGCACAAGAUCAAAGUAAUGCAUUAAAACGUGGUAUUAGCACACAUUCAGUGGCUGAUAAAAUAACCGACAUAUUAAAUAUGGAAUUUAUUGAACCAAUAUUACGUGUAUUUAGAGCGUAUCGGUUUGGUAAACGUGUUCCUAGAUGUGAUAAAUAUGUGAUGUGUGUAAUCAAUCAAGAGGACCAAAACAAAGAUAAAAAUAAUACAUUGAUGAAUAUACGAUUAGGUUUAAGUAAAAUAUCUAGUUUUCUCGCCAGUUGGUUCUUAAGUUCACAUACAAAUUCAUCAUAUUGGUCAUUAUAUCAAGCAAUUACGCAUAGUGAUAAUGCUUGUUCGGCUGUAUAUCCACAAGACUGUAGUGAAUUUCAUUUUGAAGAAUUAAAGGUGACCACCGAAUAUUACCACAAUGAGCUUUAAGACAAUUUAUUUAAAUAAUUAA